CCUUUUCGGGCUGGGCUGCCUCCUUCCCGCUCCCAGUACUCCGCAGCCGGGCUCUCACACCUCCCCUCACUCUCCACGAGUUCCACGCCUCGCGGUGUGGCUCCGCCCCUGUCCCCGAGUCCGCCCCCGCAACCGUCCGAGCGUGUGCACUCCUUUCCCUUCACUCUCCUGCUAUCUAGCGGGUCUGGGUCUCAACGGCCGUACUCGGACGCCUACGCGCACUCUCCCUCUGCGGCCACCGCGGUCCCCGCCCGCAGCUAGCCGCCUCCGAUCUGGACUCGGGGUCGCGCGCCCCGACUCCGCCCCCCCACUCAGCGGACUCGCGCACUCCCGGCCCGGCCUCUACCCUGCGCAGGCCGCGGAGAGCCUGGCCGCCUCCCCCUCCUUCUCCGCUCCUCGCGAGUUCCCCGGGCGCUCUCGCUCUCGCGCUCUCCGAGGCGAGCGCGCUCCCGGCCCGCGCGCUCCGGGCUCCGGCUUCUCCCGGCUCCUGUCAGUGCGGUGACUGCGCUGGGAAACAUGGCGACCGAGGGAAUGAUCCUCACUAACCACGACCAUCAAAUCCGUGUCGGAGUGCUCACAGUGAGUGAUAGUUGCUUCAGGAAUCUUGCAGAAGAUCGCAGUGGGAUAAAUCUCAAAGAUCUCGUACAAGAUCCUUCUUUGUUGGGUGGGACUAUAUCAGCAUACAAGAUAGUACCAGAUGAAAUAGAAGAAAUCAAGGAAACCCUGAUAGAUUGGUGUGAUGAAAAGGAACUUAACUUGAUAUUAACAACUGGAGGAACAGGGUUUGCACCACGAGAUGUCACUCCAGAGAAAUUCCCAACAUUCCCAUUUUGUGGGCUCCAGAAAGGGGCCACAAAAGAAGUAAUAGAACGGGAAGCGCCAGGGAUGGCCCUGGCAAUGCUGAUGGGAUCACUUAAUGUUACACCUCUGGGCAUGCUCUCUAGGCCUGUAUGUGGAAUCAGAGGGAAAACUCUCAUAAUUAACCUGCCAGGUAGCAAGAAAGGAUCUCAGGAAUGCUUUCAGUUUAUACUGCCAGCUCUACCUCAUGCCAUUGACCUUUUACGUGAUGCCAUUGUAAAAGUAAAGGAAGUGCAUGAUGAACUUGAAGAUUUACCUUCCCCACCACCUCCUCUGUCCCCUCCUCCCACAACUAGCCCACAUAAACAGACAGAAGACAAAGGGGUUCAAUGUGAGGAAGAGGAAGAAGAGAAGAAAGACAGUGGUGUUGCUUCAACAGAAGAUAGUUCUUCAUCACAUAUAACUGCAGCAGCCAUUGCUGCCAAGAAGCAUCCAUUCUACACCAGUCCAGCUGUUAUCAUGGCACACGGUGAGCAGCCCAUUCCUGGUCUCAUCACUUAUUCCCAUCAUGCAACAGGCAGUACAGACGAACGGAUUCCAGACUCCAUCAUAUCUCGUGGCGUUCAGGUGCUCCCACGAGACACUGCUUCCCUCAGCACUACUCCUUCAGAAUCGCCUCGUGCUCAGGCUACAUCUCGCCUUUCUACAGCUUCCUGCCCAACACCAAAACAAAUUAGACGGCCGGAUGAAAGCAAAGGAGUUGCUAGUAGAGUUGGAUCCCUCAAAGUCCAAUCCAGGUGCAGCAGCAAGGAGAACAUUCUCAGAGCCAGUCACAGUGCUGUUGACAUCACCAAGGUGGCUAGAAGACACCGCAUGUCUCCUUUUCCUCUAACGUCUAUGGACAAGGCCUUCAUCACAGUCCUGGAGAUGACUCCGGUGCUUGGGACAGAAAUCAUCAACUACCGAGAUGGAAUGGGGCGAGUCCUUGCUCAAGAUGUAUAUGCAAAAGACAACCUACCCCCCUUUCCAGCAUCAGUAAAAGAUGGCUAUGCUGUUCGAGCUGCUGAUGGCCCAGGAGAUCGUUUCAUCAUUGGGGAAUCCCAAGCUGGUGAGCAGCCAACUCAGACAGUAAUGCCAGGACAAGUCAUGCGGGUUACAACAGGUGCUCCAAUCCCCUGCGGUGCUGAUGCAGUAGUACAAGUAGAAGAUACUGAACUAAUCAGGGAAUCCGAUGAUGGCACCGAGGAACUUGAAGUACGAAUUCUGGUGCAAGCUCGACCAGGCCAAGAUAUCAGACCCAUCGGCCAUGACAUUAAAAGAGGGGAGUGCGUUUUGGCCAAAGGAACCCAUAUGGGCCCCUCAGAGAUUGGGCUUCUGGCAACUGUAGGUGUCACAGAGGUUGAAGUUAAUAAGUUUCCAGUUGUUGCAGUCAUGUCAACAGGGAAUGAGCUGCUUAAUCCCGAAGAUGACCUUUUACCAGGAAAGAUUCGAGACAGCAAUCGUUCAACCCUCUUAGCAACAAUUCAGGAACAUGGUUACCCCACAAUCAACUUGGGAAUUGUGGGAGACAACCCAGAUGACUUACUCAAUGCCUUGAAUGAGGGUAUCAGUCGUGCUGAUGUCAUCAUCACAUCAGGGGGUGUUUCCAUGGGGGAAAAGGACUAUCUCAAGCAGGUGCUGGACAUUGAUCUUCAUGCUCAGAUCCAUUUUGGCAGGGUUUUUAUGAAACCAGGCCUGCCAACAACAUUUGCAACUUUGGAUAUUGAUGGUGUAAGAAAAAUAAUCUUUGCACUACCAGGAAAUCCUGUGUCAGCUGUGGUCACCUGCAAUCUCUUUGUUGUGCCUGCACUGAGAAAGAUGCAGGGCAUCUUGGAUCCUCGGCCCACCAUCAUCAAAGCCAGGUUAUCAUGUGAUGUAAAACUGGACCCUCGCCCAGAAUACCAUCGGUGUAUACUGACUUGGCAUCACCAAGAACCACUGCCUUGGGCACAGAGUACAGGUAAUCAGAUGAGCAGCCGUCUGAUGAGCAUGCGCAGUGCCAACGGGUUGUUGAUGCUACCUCCAAAGACAGAGCAGUAUGUGGAGCUCCACAAGGGCGAGGUGGUGGAUGUCAUGGUCAUUGGACGGCUAUGAUGGUCACCAGAGCAAGAAAGCUUUGAUGCAUGUCCACAUAUCAUUGACUGUAUCCUGUAAUAUGCAACGGCACAGCUAGUUUUUCUGAUUUGGAUAAAAGUUGAUCUGUAUAGUCAACAUCUUGAACUAUAUUUCAGAAGAAUUUAAAUACCUUUUAAAGAAAAAAACACCUAAAAAUAAAUCUUAACAGACAACUCUAUUCUGAUUAUAUCAAAGCAAAUUUUUCCUUUCCUGCAAAUUGCUUUGUGUGUUCAAUGCUAGGUCUGAUAGCGAUAGCUUUUAGUAGACAGCAGUAGGUGCCUGCAGAACUUGUGUUUUUCUCAUCUUUAAAAUACAACUAAUUAUGCUCUUAAUCAAGGCUGUCUGCUUAUUUAUACUAGCGUAGGCAACACUUGGAUUUCCCUUCUUAGUAUGCUUCAUAACGCUUUUCAGAGAGCUUUUGCUUGUUCUUUAUCAUGUAUCUCGUGUUUAUGUGCACAGUGCCAACAGAAGAGUGACUGGGUGGAGGCCCUGUUCUGCCUCAGGGAGAACCCUCUCCUGCAGAGCAUGGGGAGGUGCCUCCCCCAGUAGCCUCAAGGCACAGUACUCUUGGGCAGUAACUGGAUACCUUUUAUUUGAAUAAACAAACUGGGGGGGAAAUUUGCUUCCUUAAGUGCUGACAGCCUUUUUAACCAAUACAUUUAAAAUUGUACAGAACAAAAAAUAAAAUCAAAGACUGAUCUUGUACAGAUAUUAGUGUUACCAGCAUUCAUGUGGAAAUCAAGAGCAAAGAAAAAUAAUGUUAAACAACUCUGUACCAUAACAUUUUCUGUAAUGAUACUGAAACUUAAUGAAUAAAAAAAAUCCUUGAUCAUUAUUUAAAAA